AUGGAGUACUCAGAAGAAGGAAAAAAAAACUUAUGUUAUGAAUGUGAAAAUGUAGAAAGUAUGAUAUAUAAAACCAAAAACAAAUUAUAUGUAUUAGACCAACUAGAUGAAAAUUUUGUCUCCAAAAAUUACUUUGUGAACAACUACCUCUUAUGCGAUAAGAAUGAAGACAGUAAUAUGGAGACACAAAUAAAAUAUAUUUCUAAGGAGACAUUAGAUGAAAAUAAAACAGUAGGAUGUUAUAAUGCUCUUGAAAAGGUUGGAAAUAAGUAUAAGGCAAAAACAAAUAUUUCUUUGGUUCAUGAUUGUUCUGAAUAUUCUGAACAAGGGAAACAAAUAGGUAUAUGUUAUAACAGCCAAAAAAUGGAAGCCAUCUGUGGUGGUAACUAUAAGUACUACAACUACAGCAACAACUGCAGUAGCGGUUUAUCCAGAAAAAAAGGGGAAAAUAAAAGCAACACAAAUCUUUCGUUGGAUUACUAUGAAAAUGUGUUUUGUUUUCAGCUUGUUUUAAAAGAAAUAAUAACAGAAAUGAAUGAGAUAAAAUUCAAAUUAAACCUCCUGGAAUUCUACAAUUUUUUUUCUAAAAUAAAUGACUGUAUAGUGGUAGGUAUAAUUCCUUCAACCGACGAACAACAAAAGGAGAAACAGUCCGAUUUGCUUAUUCUAAAUUUUAUCAACUUAUUAUUAUACAGACAAAACGAAUUAAUUGGAUUAAAUGAUUUAACGAAAAAUUACAUGAAAAAUAAAGUACGCUUAGAAAAAGGUGUUAAAAAUAAAAAAAUGGACAAAAUGGGAAAAACGGUAAAAGCGGAAAAAGUGGAAAAAAUGUGUACACAUUACUAUGGAAUAUUUAUUAUAGAGAAGCUAAAUUAUAUAAUUAAUAAUAAUAAAAACAUUUAUGAUGAAAAUAACAAUUUAAUAAAUCCGCACUACUUAAUUAACAUAUUCCCUCCAUCUAAUAUAAAAUUAGGACCAUCCUCAUUUAUUUGUGCAAAUAUGUUAUUUGCUUAUAAUUAUAUUUAUUUUAAAAGAGAAAACCUGUUAUUUGCUUCCGUUGAUUCAUACAAUAUAUUGAAAAAGAAGAAGUAUGGCAGUAUGCCUUAUUUCGGUUUAAAGCAGCAUAAUUAUAUGCCUGUAAACAAAGAAAACAAAUCAGUAAAUUUUAUGGACUAUUUCUAUGAGUAUAUAUAUUCUUCUAAUAUCUACUAUAAAAACUUGCUUAAUAUAAAUAUUUCAAGAGAAAAGAGGAGUAGGAAAAAAAUAGACCAACACAAAUUAAACGAAAAAAAGGACACAUAUAUAGAAGAGACAUAUCAUGAAUGUACAUCAAAUUCGAAAUGUACACCAAAAGAAGAUAACAUCAUGGAUGUAGUUAACAAAUUAAGAGAUGCAUUUAAUGAAGAAGAAGGCAAAUAUAGUCCAUCUACUUUUAAUAUCUACAGUGUGCUGAAAAAGUUAUGUAAUAGGUUAUUUAAUCAACAUGACCAAAAUGUAAAGAACCAUGUGGGGUUUAAAAAUAUAUGCACCUUCGAAAAUAAAGACUUCCAGUACGAAUUUGACAAUUCUCAGGAUAUUUAUAACCACUUUUCUCACGAACCUUACUUUUUUUUACAUCAUAUUAAUCAAACAAAGACAAACGAAUGUGGUAAUUUCAACAUUCAAGAAGUUAAAAAUGAAAGAGAAUACACAAUUUACAGAAUAUACACUUUUUUAUUUUACAUUUGUGAUAUAGUGUUUUACGUUCAAAAGACGGCAUUAUCUUUUCAUACAACCAUAGACCCGUUUUUUGAAAAAUUCCUGAAAUUUCUUUACAGAUACAACUCUAAUUUUAGCGCUAAAAGUACCAAGACAGAGUUGCAUUUCGUGUAUAACGAUGAAGAUACAAAUGAGUUUUUUAAUAAAUAUAGCAAGUUUUAUCAUAAUAAAAUAAGGAAGAAGAAAAAAAAGAAGGAAAAUGGAACAUUAAAGAAAAAGAAGGAAAAGAAAAACGAUUCAGAUGAAUACAUUUACAAAUGGUCGGAAUCUGACAGUACAGAUAAAUUAAUGGCAAAAAAGGAUACAUACUAUUACAGUGAAGACUGUGAAAGGAUUUUAAUGAAUUAUGUGUAUACAAAUUAUGAUAUGGUAGAAAAAGAAAAAAUGGAAAAACUGAAAAGUAUUAUAGAAAAUAAUAUUAUGGAAAAGAUUCAAAAAAAUAAAUUAUUUUGUUAUGGCAGUAAUAUUGUUACUAUUGUUUUAAAUUACAAUUUUGAAAGUAACAAUUUGUAUAAAUAUUUUGAUGAGGACAAAAAAAUGAGGUUGGAGUAUUUUCCUUUUUUUAAAUAUAAUAUUUGUAAAUAUCAGAAAAAACAUAGGAAAGAUAUAAAUAAUUCGAAAUGUUCUUUUUGCGUAAAAAAUAAUUUUACUUGUUCUUAUUGCCUUAAAAAAAAGUCUACCUCAUUAUAUGCGGAAAUAUUUAAUAACAUAUUUUAUAAUGAAAAAUAUGAUGUAUCGAAUUCUAAUUACAUCCAUCCUACAUUUUCUGUUGACUUAUUUCAAAAAAGAAUUUAUCGUUUGAUAUAUAAAAAAAAAAAAGGGGCGAUAAAUUAUUUUGUUGAUUAUUUUAGUGCACUGUCUGAUAUUAGGGAAGAGGAAAAACUUUCACCUGAUAACUGUCUUACGUUCAAUUAUUCCUAUUCGUGUGAUAAUACUUCAUUUACUAAUGUUAAAACGAAUAUUGAUAUAUUUCUGGGAAAAAUGAACCAUUCUAAUAUAGUUUACCCAAAGAAUGAUACUAAGAAGAACAGCGACAAAGAAGUUGAUGAGAAAAAAUGUACUAUCAACAGUCAUAGAGAAAACAAGGGUAACACUACUAGUAUGGUUGAUUCGAAAAUUAGUAGUUACCUUUUAAACAAUUCUGUGAAAAACAAUGUAAGCAUUUGUUAUAACAGUUUCUUUUAUCAAUGGAUUAAGGAGGUUAACAAUUUUAAUGUUACAAUAAAUGACCUAAUAAUAUAUAUAUCAACAUAUGAUAUUUUAUAUAAAUAUAAUGUUUUGAAAAAUAAAAAAUUGGACAUACAAAGAUGUAAAUGUAUUUCCUGCAGAUUUAGUAAUAUAGUCUCUGUGAAAUGCGAUAAUUUUUGUGAAUAUGAACAGAAUAAGAAUACACAAAUUCGAGAAAUUAUUCCAUUAAAUGAUAUCACUAAAAGUAGAAGAAACAGUACGCAACUUUUAAACAAAGGGGACAUCAAUACAGGCAUAGAUGAUGGUAGGAUCCACUUGGAGCUUAAAACUUUAAAUGAGGAAAAUAAAAAUAAAUUGCCAGAAUUGCACGUACUAAAUGAGAAGAACUUACUUAUACAUAACAACAAAGAUAAGGCUCCAAUACAAAAGGAUAAUAUUUCAAACCAGGAGGGUCUUUACACUCCUUCUAACUCGAAAGGUGCUAAAAACAAUUGUUAUGGUGUUAAUAGUAGAGAAGAGGACUAUAAGGAAAAUAAGAAAAUUUCUAAAGAGGAAAAAAAAAUCAACAAUUAUAAUAACAAGUUUAUCUGCCCAGACAAUAGCAUAAGUAACAAAAAGGACCAUAUCAACAGGAAUAAUGAGCAAGUAUGUAGUAAUGAUAAAAAAUUUGAGUCACAGGUAAUUCGUAUGCAAAAUUACAUAGAUAUAAAUCUUUUUAGCAAAACUGGGAAUAACCAUAGUUGUAAAAAAAAAAAUGAUCUUGUAAAAAAUGAAGUAAAAAAUAACUAUCAUAUGUUUUAUAAAAAUAAUGAUUACUCUUCUACAAUCAUAGAAGGUAUUUUCUACAUUUUGCAUAAAUGUUAUGUUUCUUUACCGAAAGAAUUAAAGGGGCAUGAACUAGUUGAUAACUUAUUAGAUUUAAUCGAAAUGUUUCUCUUAUAUUUGUUGAAUAAAGGGUUUCAUAUUUUACAUGAACAAGAAUUGUUUGUAAAUACAAUUAAAAGUUUACAUGCAUAUUUUUUGUUUUCCUUAAAUAAAACUAAGGACAUAAUUACUAGUUACAUUAUUAAUAACGAUAAUGUUGAUCUUAUUAUAAAUCCAUGUAUAUUUCUCUUUAUGAAACAUUUAAUUAGAGAAGAGAAGCGAAUGCAUAAUCGUAAAUUAGAUGAAUAUUCAUUAUUUAAAAAUUUAUCAGGACGUAAGAGCAAUGGCAUAAAUUAUGCAUAUUUGCACCAGCUAGAAAGUGGAAAGUAUGAAAAAGGAAAAGAUAACAAUAAAGAUAUUGAAAAAGAUAAAAAUAAUGAUAUCGAAAAAGAUAACGAAAAAGAAGACGAAAAAGAUAAAAAAGAAGAAAAUAAUUACAUUAAGAAAAGGGAGCAUAUUUACCGAGAAUUUUCUACUCCAUUUGAGGAAAAUUUUAUGUACACAUUUAUUAUGAGUGCAUUAAAUUUAAAUUAUUGUGAAAAUCUUAAGCUGCUAAAAAAAAAAUCAGAGACAGUAUUUUCCAAUGUAACUGUUCUAGCGUACAAUUUUAAAAGUAUUAAAAUGUACAAAGAUUUUGUGAAUAAUGAGCUAAAAACGAAAUAUAAUAAUUCCAUAAUUUUUAAAUUAAAAAAUGACUUUUCACUUUACUUAUGCAAAGAAGAUUUAUGCAAUAUACAUAAUCAAAAGCAUAAUAGUUAUUUAUUUAAAAAUUUCAUAAAUACAUUUGAUAACAUACAACUUUAUCAGCUUAAAGACAACCCAAAUAUAUACCUCUAUGUCAAUGUAGAAUGUGAAUGCUACCAAGGAUGCAGAUAUUUUAAAAGUAUUAAUUCGACUACUAACUAUUUUCAUAAAUAUAACGAAAAGGGUUCUUCAACUCAAGGUAAUAAAGAACAUGGUAAAAAAAUUGUUGAUUUUAAAAAAGAUGCAAGUUUUAAAAUAGAACAGUUGAAUGAUCUCAAUCUAACAGGUAUAGAUUAUUUUAACAUUUCCAAAGGUGCUAAUGCAAUAAGCCAACGGGGCGAAAAAUACGUUUAUGUUAAAAAUUCCUCUUUAAAUGAUAAUUGCAACAAGGAUGAUGUCAAGAAGAACAAGAAUGCGACCUAUAACACAACAGAGUUUAUAGGUAACAAGGUCCUUAUCCACACCUUACCUGUUUUUGACACUUGUCCUGCACAUGUAAAUAAUAUAAACCAAAAUGAAAACUUAAACUAUUUUAUUAAAAAUACGAAUGCAAAAUUAUCUAGAAUUUGGGUGUACUCACCUGUAAUAAAAAACAUUUCUUUUCGAACAAAAAUAUGUAUACCUUUACCUUUAACACAAUUAUAUAAGAUGAAAGAAAAAUUAGAAAAUAAUGAACACUUUGAAUUUGAAAGGUUCGAUGUGAACGAAGAGAAUUUUGUAUAUAUGUAUCUCAGUCACGGGGAAAUUUUAGUUCCUCAGCACACAUUAGCCCUGUUAACUUUUCCUUUAUUUUUCUAUGUUUGUUCAAAAAAAUUGCUAAAUGAAAUUAAUAAUUUACUUAAUCAGAAUGGAAAGACAGAUACGAAUUAUAUAACCCAAAAAAAUAAUUUAUUUUGUUCCAAAUUCGAAGAAAAUUUUUUUUUUUAUCAUUUUUACAUAGACAUUAAUAUAUUUGAUGUUUCGAAUUCUUCACAAGAAAGUGAAUCAUUGGUCAAUGCAUAUGCGAGUAACCAUUGUAAAUCAACUGCACAUGUUCACCACACUACUGUGAAUAAAAAAGAUACAAAAAAAAAGUCUACUGAAAAUAAUUUAACGAGCUCCAAAGGUUGUAAUAAACAAAAAUAUGUUAUCUUACCUUUUCCAUAUUUUUACAAUUGCACUAAUGAAUUAAAUAAUUAUAGAAUUAGUAUUGAUUUUACAGAGCUGGAAAUUUGA